AUGGAUCACAUGAAACCCUUCGAAAUGCGCGUGUCAGACUCCCAACGGAACCUUCGAAACCUUAUCUUGUUUAAGUCUCAGUCAUGUUCACACAUCCUCGUACUAUAUUCACACAUUGGCGUUUCCAAAAACCUCAGAAAAUCAAUGGCAGAGUUUCAUCUUCCUUCCGAGAUCGUCAACGAAGCAGAAGAUAUCGAAGACAACGCUACUUUCAUCGACGAGGACUACCUCAACUACCUCCAUUACAUGGCUUCACGGAGCAACCAUGGACAUGAGACGUUUGGUUCUUACGAUGAAAUCUUUGGUCGAGUGUUGGGCAAUUCAUCUUCCACGCGGCCGCAGGAAGUGACGGAGGAACUUCCGGUGGUGGAGUUGACGUCUGAGGAACUUAUGGAGAGAGGUUUGGUGGUUUGCGCCAUCUGUAGAGAGGAGCUCGCUGCUAAUGAGAGACUCUCUGAGCUUCCUUGUAGCCAUUGUUACCACAAAGAUUGUAUCUCGAGUUGGUUAACUAACCGGAACACUUGUCCUCUUUGCCGUCACAAUGUUAGAAACUAGUUAGGUUUGGUUUUCUUGAAUCUUUUUUUUUGGUUGAAGUUGAUAAAAUGUUUUAUCUUACCCUGAAUAUGUCACAAUAAAAAUUAAGGGAACUAGCUUUCCUUUCUAUCUAAAAGGCUUUGUUUAGACUAAUUGACUUUGAAAGCUUGGUUACUAAUUGUGUAAAAAGAAAGAAAAUAUAAAGAUACUUAAAAC